AUGGUUCGACUUACCGAUGAGCUGGCUCUGUCGCAGGAUGAGGUCACCCUCUACUACACCACCGAUGCCAACCUCGGCCACCUACCCGUCCUGGUCUUUCACGGCCCCUCGACCACAACCAACUCGACGCUCAACAGCUCCCGCAUCCAGGUCCACGUCUUUACCGCAGCCGGCUUCCAGAGCUACCCGCGCAUCACCAUCUCGCCCAACUCCCCCUUCUACCAGUCCGUCAACCAUCUGCCGCGCGACAGGCAGGGCGAUGAGGUCUGCCGCGGCAUUGCCUUUGGCCUGCUGAAGUACUUCAAGGAGCUGCCCGAGGUCGUCAAGAGCGGCGUCAUCGUACAAGCCGCGAGCUCGAAGGGCAAGAGGCCCGGAAGUGCACCGUCGCUUUUCACGGAGCAGCAUGCCGCCGAUCUGGCCGCGAGUAUGGUGCGGGUGGAGAAUAUCGGGGAGGUGUUGCACGAAAUUACCGGGGCGUUGCGCCCGCAGAACAUACACCAUCUCGAUGUGGACUUGGUGCUUCCCCCUGGAUCCAUUGCGCCGUUCCAAGAGCUGGAUCCGGAAGAACUGGUGGACGAUGACGAGUUGCUGGAUCCGACGCUAAGGCAGUACGGUAUUUAUGCGCCGCUCGUGAAGCUUUUUGGGGAGGUUGCGUUUCUGCCUACAUCAAAAUUGCGCCGGGCUCCUUCGAAACCUACCUCUCUGAACCGGACCAAAUCGUUUUUGCAGGACCAGAAGAUGUCGCUGCGGAGAGAGAUGGGGGAAUUGGUUGAUACGGAGGAGAGAUAUGUGAUCAAGAUGCAUGAGUUGGUCAAUCAUAUUGCAGAUGACUUUCGCGACAAGGCCAGAAAGAAAACGUUCGGUAGCUUCAGUCCUUCUGAGCAAGACCUGCAGAAACUCUUCCCGAAAUCCCUCGAUAGGAUUUUACAAAUCAACUCGGCCUUCCUGGAUAAUAUCCGGAAGGUUAUGGACGAGACGGAGAAGGAAUUCGAGCUGGACCUUGAGGCACCGGCGAUCAGCUCAACUGGAUCCAGAUAUGGCGGCACUGGACGGUUAAAGGACCCUACUGGAACACUUGCAUUCGCCAAAGUACUACUCGAGUGGUUCCCUCAAUUCGCUGAUUGCUACCAAGACUACAUCCGGGCCAGUCAGGAGUUUCCCCAAAUCAUCAGCAUGUUCGUGAGGCAACAAUCAAGCUUCUCACAACGUGUUCAACAAACUGGAGAGCAACGAUUGAGAUCCGCUGUCAUCGAGCCUGUCCAGAGACUACCGCGUUACAGCCUCUUCAUUGACAAUAUUGUCAAUUACCUCCCAGUCCUACACCCAGCUCUGCAGCCUAUGCUCAAGGCUAGAGAUAUCAUCACAUCAAUAUGCUCGCUCGACCCCCCGGCAACAGACAAAUCGCAGGUUACUAAUCGCCUGAAGAACUUGGUCGAGUCUUGGCCAGCUUCGCUGCACCCUCAUGGUCGCCUGAUUGCUGCUGUUGACUUUGCCGAGAUCUCAGCACCGGUCCCCGCGUCAACGUCUGCUGCCAGAGAGGGCAUGUUUCUGCUUUUCACAGACUGUGUAGUGGUUCUUAGAAAGGCGGCCCAUUGUAGUCUUUCGGCGAGGGGACUAGUUGCUGAAGUCGACAACCCUUCAGCAGCAAGCAUGAUGGCUUCGAUUACCGCUAAAGCAGGUGGGCACAAGAAGCAGUAUGAACUGAUAUUCAAUGGCUGGCACAUUCUGGGCGACACUCGCUUCACCGUGUCUGACGACAGCCGUGUCCUAUCAAUGAUAUCACAUCACGAGUUAAAAGAUGCCGGCACUGGACGAGAGCGAGACUCGCCAGGUGCUACCGUUCGAAGCUUCAUCCUCCAGGGUGCCUACGACGCGAAGGCUUUGAAGUUCACCGAAGAAAUCACCAAGGCUAGAGUUGAAGGUCGGUUCUCGGAGAAGGAACGAGAGACUGAUAAAUGGUCUUUGAGAUCUAUCAAGCUAGGAGCUGCCGAGAUUACUCUACACACAUCUGUUUUUGCGGAGGGAAUCGAUACGCUAACUGAAGGCCGCAAGGAGCCAGCUCCCAUCCGCAUAGUUGUCGAUCAUGAAAAGGGCACGAAGGGAGCUCCUGUUGGUCACUAUGGCGUUGAUAUUGUUGCGAACGUCAACAGUCUUCCUGGAGGAUUGAAAUAUAGACUUGAGGUUGAUGGACUGCACGACCGCGUUUUUGUUGAUGAGGUGGUUACCGAGCACUUCCUCCCAACAUUUGCAAAGCGAGUGAACGAUCUACUUCGGUCACAAUACCACGUCAGCAAUCCGUCUCUGACUGCCCCGUUUAUCUCGUUUCACGUCAAGACCCUCAAGUCAAUCAACGUUGUAUGUGAAGGCGAUAAGACCAAGUCUAGGCCUCACUCUCCAGUCAAGCUACUCUCAAGCUUUAUCUCAAGCGGAUUCAACAGCUCAUCCUCGUCCAUGCAUAAUAGCUCAGCUUCUCUUAAACAGUCGCGAACACCCACGCUUGGUAAUACACCGGUCAUGGGUGCUCCAUUGGCGAGAACAAACAGCAACAAAUCGACUCAUUCAAUUCAAGAAGCUGAACUUCGAACCAGUGUCCGUGAUGAUAAGCCAAGAAACCCUCUCGUUCGACUUGAAGAGACAUUUACAGGGUACAUCUCCGCACUACUCGCACGGAAAGGGAAUAUUGUUGGCAGGGUCCUGCGAAAUCGAGGCACCGCCGAUGAAUUGUCAAUCAACGCUGUGUACAAUACAUUCAUCGAGAACCCAUUUGAUAAUCGUCCGGCGUCAGAAGCUUCAGUCGACGUGUUAUUUGUUGCGUUUGAGAAAUACUUGAGAUUGGCUUGGAAGGACCAAAUGGGACAGGUCAUGUCUGUACAGACCCUAGACGAGCUGCAAGAGAGAGCGUUGAAGCUCAUGCCCGCCGAUUUUGCAGACUACACUAGGCUGGUAUUUGGUGAGAUGGCUCCUCAGAAUAGGAGGGCAUUCAUUGCUAUCAUCAAACUACUUGCAGAUCUGCUUGACGGCUGCGGUAAUGAUGGCGACCGUGGUGUCUUGACCGCAGCUUUUGCCGAGUUGCUUGUUAUCGACGGUAAUCCUCACGACUACAUCAACUUGCUGGAUCGUAUGGUUGAAGACCAGGAACGACUCUUUGAGGAUAUUGGACCAGGAGCCAUCCCUUAUGGCGGCGGCAACAACUCUGCUUUCGGUUCAUUUUCCGGUGCUCGACCAAGCCACUCUGCUCAUGGCUCUGUUGCGUCAAAUGCAUCUUCUUUCCGUAAGAGAUUUGCGGACACUCUACUUCGACAAAACAGUACCAAGGAAGACCGACCGUCGGUAUGGCGAACCUUAAGCAAGUCGAACCGUAGUGCUGCUAGUGGAGACCCUCUUGUUACGUCGAGCUACUCCAAGGGCUCACCCAUCAUGCGCUCCAAGUCUAUCGAAUCGCCUGGUCGACGACCUGCUUCUCGGGAUAGACCAACUGUAAUGGGUGCUUUCGAUGAACGUCCAUCCAGCAGUGGAUCUCCGUCAAGACUUAGCACUAUCGGCGCCUCACCUCCCCCUGAAGAGAGUCACGAUAAUAUUAAGAGGCUGAAGAAGAAAAGACGUAGCUCCCUAUCUGACUUGAAAAGCUUAAUGGCAGCCGCAACCCUUGGAAACUCCCCUGUGUCACUCGAUCGCCACGCAUCCAAACAAAACUCUUCUCCCCGAACACCCUCGCCAACCAAAAUCCCAGUAGCAGGAGGGAUCAUGGACCGUAACCGCGGCUCGAUGUACCGCACUGGCUCGCCCAAUCUGAAGGAGAACUCGCCCACCGCAUUAUCACGUCACGGCGGCGGUCUCACCGAACGUCCACUCAACCUCUCUAGUCCAGACGUCGUAGCCAUGAAAGACCUGUGGUCCCUCGGCUCCAACAACAAGAUGCAAACUAAAAAUGCUUCCUUAUCGUCCAACAUCCCCACGCUCGUCGGCCGCGCGCCUUCGAUGUCCCGACCCGCCGCCACGCCCGGAAAAACCUCACCCCAGAAGCUUCGCCUGCAAAGCCCGCAGAAAUUACGUGAGAGAUUGCAGAACGAGGCCAAAGCCAUCAGCGAAGCCGAAGCCUCCCUGCAAUCUGAACUCUCAAAGAUUGGGGAAGAAAUGGCCAAACUCAACGCCUCCUCUUCGACCCUUCGUUCCUCUUCCCUGACCACGCUCACCUCCAAGCUCUCCGCCAUCGAGUCCCGCAUCCCGAAUAUCAUCGCCGAACUCACAGACCGCAACGAAACAAUCAAAUCUGACCUGGAAAAGAGCUUGCAAGCGAGCGAAUACAAGGUCAAGGGCCUCGACCAGCUGUACAAGGAGAGCAGCGCCGAGAACGAGCUUCUGUACGAAAAGUUCAACGGGGAGCUGGGCAAGAUUGUCAAGGCGUUGAAGGGCAAGGGGGAGAAGGAGGAGUGGGUGAGUAGGCUCAAGGAGGCGGGCGAAGAGACGGCGAGGUGCAAAAAGGAGAAUGCUAGGCUGAGGCGGGAAGUCCUGACGCUGAGGACACUCUUGAAGGGGAAUGAGUGA